CAUCACCACUGUACCUAAAUCAGGAAGCACCGAGAUACGUUUGUGUGUGUGUUUUUCUUUUUCCUCUUUCACCCCCGUGUUUUUUGUUGUUUUUGUUUUUGUGUUGGUGCGAAGGGGAGACGACGGGACCACAGAGGAGGAGGAGGAGGAGGAGAAAAUGCGUAAUUGUUGACGGACCAACGUCGAUCACUGAGCUUGGAGGAGGAGGAAGAAGAAGAAGAAGAAGAAGAAGAAGAAGAAGGAGACUGACAGUUGGUCACAUCCAGUACAAGGGCGCAGCUGUGGAUGCGUUUGACGCAGACCAACCGGAGUCGGCCCCUGUCAGCAGCAUGGGCCAGCACCUAGGAAAGAAGGAGACACCCAUGGACAGCGAGGAUCCGUCACCUGAAGCCCCAGCAGCGAUGGAAGCAGCAGCAGCAGCCGCAGCAGCAGCAGCCGCAGCAGAACCUGAAUCACAAGACGAAGUCUUUGGACUGGGUGAGGCAGAUGCGAGCCAGAACAAUGGCUGCGUCUCGACGAAGCCGGCGGUGACUGACUCCACGGGCGCUGAGGGCCCCCGCCAGCCCUGGACCGACGCCAGCACAGCUGACGCUGACGCCGCCGCGCCACGCCCCCACCUGGUCCGCCUCUUCUCCCGAGAUGCCCCGGGCCGCGAGGACAACACCUUCAAAGAGCGACCCUCCGAGUCGGACGAGCUGCAGACCAUCCAGGAGCACAGCGGAGCGACCUCAGAGUGCGGUUCGGACAUCCCCGAACAGGACCUAGAUUAGACUAGCCUCUCUUUUUUUCUUCCUUCCUUCCUCCCUCUCCUCUCUCUUCUCUCUCUUCUCCCGUCCUCUGUCCUCCAGUCUCUCGUCUAGAGAGGGAGACGAGAAGCCCCCUUCUUGACAAAUACAAAUAUAUACCACCGACUACUGCUACCACCACCGCCAUGGCAUCUGCAAGCAGCUCCGCACAGGCCGCCUUCGGGCUGGGCCGCAGGAAGAAGAGCCCCGGCCUGUUGGAUCAGAUCGGGAGCUUCUUCGGAGGCGACAAGAAGAGGAAGAGCAAGAAGCCAAAACCAAAACUUGUGUGACACUGUUCUACUGUUCACCCUCGGACUCACCUGUUCACCCUCGGGCUCACCUGUUCACCCUCGGGCUCACCUGUUCACCCUCGGGCUCACCUGUUCACCCUCGGGCUCACCUGUUCACCCUCGGACUCACCUGUUCACCCUCGGGCUCACCUGUUCACCCUCGGACUCACCUGUUCACCCUCGGACUCACCUGUUCACCCUCGGACUCACCUGUCCCCGACCCGGGGCCUUCAGCUUCUGCAGUUUGUUACACUUGUAACCGUUUGUAUCUGUUCCUAACCUGCUUCUGUUUCUUUUUUGUUGAGGGGAUUAUUGCUUGAUUAAAAACUCUUUAACAACAA